AUUCAAUCAACAAAUUUUAGAUGUGAAGUAACCUAAAAGAAACCCAUUUUUUUUGCUUGGCUUCACAAAUGAAUAAAGUCGUACACAUUUAUCAUAAUCAUAUGUAAUUAUACACACCACUAAAUAUUUGUUGUCACAUCGCCAUACAAGAGGUAAGAGAGAGAAAGAAAAAUGGAGCUUCUGUACGACUGGUAGUCCUUCACAUCUCUCCCUAUCUAAUUUCUAUCAUGUAGAAGAUUCUUGAAAUUGUGGGUGUGGACGCCAUGGAUGAUGCAUCAAGAACCUCCUCUAUUUGCUUUAGCAUGGAAUCCAUGGGGAUUAAAAACGACAUCCCAGGCUCGAAAACAUACCGUAAACUUGGACUCAAAGAAACUUUCAAGCAAAGUCCCGGAAACCCGAAGGUUCUAUCGCUUCUUUCUUCAGUUCUUGAGAGGUGUGUCAAAAAGAACGAAACSAUACUCGAGAAUACGCAAUCUAAAGAUGUUGUUACGGCUUUUCAUGGUCUAAGAGCUCCUACACUUACCAUCAAAGAGUACAUUGAUCGUAUCUUCAAAUACUCGCGUUGCAGCCCAUCUUGCUUUGUUGUUGCACAAAUAUACAUGGAUCGGUUUAUUGAUGGCGGAAAUGUCAAUUUGACUUCGCUUAGUGUUCAUCGCCUUCUCAUCACCAGUAUAAUGCUCGCUGCAAAGUUUAUUGAUGACGCAUUCUAUAAUAACGCAUAUUACGCUAAAGUGGGAGGAGUAACGACCACGGAAUUGAACAGAUUGGAAAUAAAAUUCCUAUUUGGUCUCGACUUCCAACUCCACGUAAGCCUUCGUACGUUUGGGAUGUACUGUUCCGAAUUGGAAAAAGAAAUUUCGUACGAGCUUCAGAUGGAAAGGCUACCGCCUAUGAUCCAUGCCGCUUGUGGACUCAAAGAGAACUGGUCGAGCAACGAUGACUCGAGUUCCUACACGACAACCGAGAUACAAAUCAUAUAGGUAGACUCUAGAAACGGGUCUUUAGGCUGUGCACUUUACACUUACUGGGUAGCUAAACACUUAUUUUCUCUUACCAGAUAAGAGACGUUUACCUAAGAUGAUGGUCUUUUACCAACAAUUUUACCGUGCCAUUUUUGGUAACCGAGAAUCUUACCCAGUAAAUGAGGGUGAUGAAUCUUAGCAUAUUAGUAUUUAGUGGGUAAGAGACGCGUAUACUAUGUUAUUUUGAUGAUCAAGAAUCUUACCCGGUAAGAUAAGUAAUGGUGGUGGCUCUUAUCUGGUUAACGCUUACCUAGUUUGUGUUGGUAAACGGCCUACAAAUGCAUACCGGUAAAAGUUACCAUCCUCACUUAGCUGGGUAUAUUUUCAACCAUCAACAUGGAUUGUUUGU